UUAUAUCAACAAUUCCGUGCUCGCGGGAGCAUGUGUUGUCCAAGGUAUUUGUGUUUAAAAUAGGAAACGAGAGCUGUAAUCCUGCAAUUUAUUUCUGCUGGUUGUUUCACACCACCUGCAUUUCAAUAACGUUAGCUUGUUAGUCAAUUUGGCUAGUCGUGUGUUUUGAAGGAAGGUUGUAAUUAACACUGUCUAGCACACGUUAUCCAGCGCAGUCAGAAAUCUCGACUGAGUGAUAGAGAUGAAGGGAAAAUUGAAGCAGAACGGCAAAAAGAAGAAGGGAAAUGUCGUCUUGGAGAAGUAUAUGGUGGCCGUGGAUGACUUUGUUAAAAGCAAAUGUGGCACUGAAGAAACAGAUAAUUACCACAGAUUGAAAUGUGUAAAAAAGAAAAGCAGAAAGGAGCUACGUAAAGAAAAGCGAAAAAUGAAAAAAGCCAAAAUAAAAAGCCAUUAUCAGGGUGAAAAGGCCCCCAGUUUACUCCUUGAUGAAUGUGAAAACUCAGGAAUAACAUCUGAUAAACAGCAGAGGAAGAAGAAUAUGGAUAACGCAAACAAAGAAAUAUCAAAAAGACAGUCAUAUAAGUCCAGUAGUGGGCCUACAGGAAAACCAGACAGCUCUAAAACACCAUCAUCUUCCAAAAAAGGCAAGAGCAUAAAUAAGUUGAAAGAAUCAAGAAAAAUGGCACUGAUGGAAGCAAAUGAACAAGAGGACAGAGAAAUAAAGAAACUAGAGCGGUGCUUGGGAUUAAACAAGAGGAAAAACAAAAAAAGUCUCCCACAGUCCUUUGUGGCUGAUGGACUUGAUUAUGUCCUUGGUGUGCUUGACUCUGGGUCUUCAGCUGCAGGAAUGUUUGAUGAUAAUGAUGAUGACCUCGACAUGGCCAAGGAGAAUUUUGAAAACCUUAAUGAGAAUGAUUCUCAGUUGUCAGAUGAGGCCGAAGAGCCAGGAGAUGAGAUGGCCAGUCAAGAUAGUGAUGAAGACAUGAGUUCCAUUGAUGAUGAGAAUGAGGUUGGUGAUGAUGAUGAUGAAAUGGUUGACAAAGAGGAUGAAAUGGAAGGUGAGCUGGAUAACAGUGAUCCAGCAUACUCAGACAAUGAAGAGGAAACAGAAGAAAAAGAAGAGGACAUUCCUCAUACAAAUACAGCAGACUCCGUGUCCUCUACAACUCGUAUGUAUGUGCCGCCUCACUUACAAAAUGCUGGAGAUCAUAAACACAAAGCUGAGCUUGAAAAACUGAAGAGGAAUGUGAAAGGCCUCGUGAACAGGCUGAGUGAGGCCAACAUUGCAUCUAUUAGUAGUCAGCUAGAGGAGCUAUACAUGAGCUGCAGCAGGAAGGACAUGAAUGAUACCCUGACGGAGGUGCUACUAGCAGCUUGUGUGACCCCGACCCUGAUGCCUGACAGACUACUGAUGGAGCACAUCCUACUUGUCAGCGUCCUCCAUCACACUGUCGGACUGGAGGUUGGAGCCCAUUUUCUAGAGACAGUGGUGCGAGAGUUUGACAAGUUGUACAAGAAUUCAAAAGAAGGCAAAGAGUGUGACAACCUGAUCGCCAUAGUUUCUCACCUCUAUAACUUCCAGGUUGUGCAUUCUGUCCUCAUUUUUGACAUUCUAAAGCAUUUAGUUGGAGCGUUUACAGAGAAGGACAUUGAAUUAGUUUUGUUUGUGCUGAGGAAUGUUGGCUUCAGCCUGAGGAAGGACGACGCACUGGCUCUGAAGGAGCUCAUUUCUGAAGCCCAGCAGAAGGCCAGCGACUUGGGGUCAAAGUUCCAAGAUCAGACCAGGGUGCGUUUUAUGUUGGAAACCAUGUUGGCUUUGAAGAAUAAUGAUAUGCGAAAGAUUCCAGGCUACAAUCCUGAGCCAGUGGAGAGACUGAGGAAGUUGCAGAGGACUCUGAUCCACCGUAGUGCAGGAGGCAGUGACAUGAAGCUGAGGGUCUCACUGGACAAUCUCCUGGCCGCGGAUCAAAUCGGCCGCUGGUGGAUUGUCGGCUCCUCGUGGAGUGGAGCGCCCAUGAUCAGCGAACAAGGGAGCAAGACUACGAAACCGAUGACUGCUGAAGGGCAGUUUAGUGCCAAAGUGUUAGAGCUGGCCAGAAAGCAGAGGAUGAACACUGACAUCAGAAGAAACAUCUUUUGUGUGAUUAUGACCAGUGAAGAUUACCUGGAUGCAUUUGAGAAGCUGUUGAGGAUGGGACUGAAGGACAAGCAGGAGAGAGAGAUUGUUCAUGUUCUGAUGGAUUGCUGUCUGCAGGAGAAAACCUUCAAUGCCUUUUACGCUGUACUCGGAGAGAAAAUCUGCUCCCAUGACCGCCGCUUCCAGAUGACCUUCCAGUUCAGCCUAUGGGACAAGUUCAGGGAGCUGUCCAACCUUCCCAGCAGUACCUUUAAUAACCUGGUCCAGCUAGUUACGCAUUUCCUCCAAAGAAAGUGCCUCUCACUCUCCAUACUCAAAGCCAUAGAGUUUGGGGAACUGGAUAAGCCCACAGUGCGCUUCCUCCGUCAGAUGCUGACUAAACUACUAAAAGAAACUGAGCCAGAGGACCUAGCCAGCAUAUUUGGAAGGAUUUCAGGAAUUCCCAAGCUAGGAAUGCUGCGGCAAGGACCAGCUGAGCAAGCAGCAAUGCUCUUAGAACGCGCUCAGGUUGCCACCAGAGCCAUGGAGGCCAAAGAGGCCAAGCUUAAACUGUAAAACAAACACACAUACAAUAAACAUACUGUGGAACAGAGGAGAGCUUGUUGGAGUUGAACGCCUUUUAACGUGAAGAACACAAACCUACUGUUUACUUUAAAGAAAAAAAAACAGAUUUUUAUAUGUGAUGGUGUUUAUUUAAUUGUUAAAAACAAAGGGGCUAAAUAUCAAAAAUGAUUGUAUCUUACCAGAUUGACUGUAAUUUGUACCAGUUGUUCAACAUCAGUUACAAUAGCCUCAAUAAAUCACAGACAUUUUGACACCCUUGUGGAGAGAGA